ACUAAAUAUUCUAAAGGAAAAAAACGAAAAGAAGAGGGUUGGUGGCUAAAAUGCAGCAUACGCGUGGCUAGAUAUAGAAUUUUUGUCAAGAGGGUAAAAAGUAUCAAUAGGAAAACUCGAAUCAUGAUGACUUCUUCAGAAAUUGAAGUAGAGAAUUUAAGUGAGAAAAAUGCAGAAGAAUCUGCAAUUUUAGAAGUAAGCACAAUAGCAGUCGGCGGUGUUAUUAAACAGGAGAAUCGUGAUGUCGAUUUUCUUUCAAAUUGUAGUACCUCUAUCGAAGGUUCCGUGAUAGCUUCUCCUUCCAUUGACAGUUUCUCUACUUUACCAGAGCAAGAAAUAUCAGAUUUUCAGAUAGAUUCUAAAGAUUCUAGAGAUUUACAAGUAAAAGUAGAUAAUCCUCAAAAGCAUCUUGAAACUCUUGAAACUUAUAUUACUUUUCGUAUAACAACAAAAUCCACAAGACAAGAAUUUGAGGAAGGAGAAUAUAUUGUUAGGAGACGUUAUAAUGAUUUUAUUUGGUUAAGACAAAAAUUAGUAGAUUCAUAUCCUACACAUAUUAUACCACCAAUGCCUGGAAAACACACAUUACUUGCUCAGUUAGAUCGUUAUUCCAAAGAAUUUAUUAUAGCACGCAUGAAAUUAUUACAUAUGUUUCUUAACAGAGUUAUAAAUCAUCCAAUUCUUAGCUAUGACAAAAAUUUAUACAUCUUUUUGACUACUAAACCUGCAGAGUUUCUCAUACAUCGUAAAAAUCGUGGAAAUGUUCUUAUUAAAAUGACUGAUUCUUUGCAAAAUAUAGCAAGUACAUAUACUAUGAAACAACGCCAUUUUGAAUUUGAGCAAAUUCGAGAUUAUUGUAUAGCUCUUAAUGAGAAAUUAGCAACUAUAGAUAAGAUAAAUCAUCGUAUACAUAAGGAAAGGCAAGAUUAUUUGUUAGAAUUACACCAAUUACAUCCAAUUUUUACUUUAUGGGCAACUUCUGAGCCAGAAUUAGCUCCUUUUCUAAUGGCAAUUGCUAAAGCAAUAGAAUGCAAUGCAAUGGCUCAUCAAAAACUUUUAGAAAGCACCCCGAAUGAAGAACGAGAAUAUAUUUCAUAUGUAGAUGCAGUUAAAAAUGCUUUAUCCCGACGUGAUUCAAUGCAAAUUGAAUAUGAAAUAACUGUUGAGGAAUUAGCAAAAAAGAGAUUAGAAAAGGAUCAGUUAAUGGAUUCUACGAGUGGUAAUACUUCAACACAAAAUUGGGGUGGAUCACUUUGGAAAGCAGAAUCUCGUGAUGAAAAAUUAGAAAGACUUGGUCAGACCAUUCCACGACUAGCAAAGCAAGCUGAAUUAUUACAAGAUCGUGUGGAGUGUGCGAACGAAAAUCUCCGAAGUGAUUUACAAAGGUGGAAUGUAGAAAAGCAAAUGGAUUUAAAAAAUAUGUUAAUUUCAAUGGCAGAUCGACAAAUUCGUCAUUAUCAACAGUGUAUGAAUGCAUGGGAAGAAAUUCUUACUGGUUUAAAGCUAGAUGGCAUAGGAUCUGAAGUUAGCAUAGGACCACCUAUUAAAAUUCCUGUUUGAAUGAUACAAUCUUUCGUUUUUUGAAUAUAAAUAUAAUAAUUAUCUUAUGCAUUUACAAAAAUAAAAAAUUUAGUCACCAUUUGUGCAAUAACAUAUUUUAUUGCAUUUAAGAAACUGAUCUUUUCAGUUUCGCUAUUGCUGCUUCACAAUAAAUUAAUAACUUUCUUUUAAAUCUUAAGUGUUUUUUGUAAAAUAUGUGAUUAAUACUUACAUAAUUAUAGUGCAAUAAAUAGUUGCACAUGUUGCAAAUUCGUAUAUAUUUCAAUUUUUUAGAUAUAAAAAAUAUUAUGAUGAAAUGGCUUUAUGAUAUAAUGCGGUUGCAUAAGUUAAUGCAAAAACGUAAAUAAACUUAUUUAAUUCUAUGGAUAUAAUAGGAUAAUUUUCAACAUAGAAAAUCAAAUAUGAAGUAUCUUAAGAUAUAUUUUUCUUUCAUUAAUUAAUUUUGGGACCAAAUAUUAAAUAAUUUAUCACUAUUUGUUCUUUUUCUUAAUUUGAAACCACAAUACAUUCAUUGACAAUCAGUUCUUAAUUACCUAUAUCUGGUAAUUACCAAAGUUUAUCUAUAAUAUAUAGAUAGUCAAUAUAUAGCAUUAGAAUACAAUUUACAAACAAUCGCUUAUAACAUUCGUUGUAUCAUUACCCUUAAUACGUCGUUAAGUUUUGGACAAUUCAUUAUAGCGGCACUUAAUAAACUUAUUUAGAUAGUCUCGUUAAAAAAGCACAGUAAGAAUCUAUACAACGUGUUACAUCUGCUAUAUCUGUUAUUUAUGUUUGGAAAUAAUUUUUUGAAAUAGUUAUCAUAAAUCUAUGGAGUACGUUUCCAAUACAUUCAUUACAUUGUACACGCUAUCUUACCGAUGAUGAAAUUCUUAGAUUUAUAACAAUAAAUAUUGUUUACAAUUUA